AUGGACACUCUCUCUACCCACCAAACCCCAAUAUCAUCCAGCAGCAGCAACAUGCCCUCCUCCAAGCCACCCAAGCCAAGCACUCCGCCUCCUCCUCCUCCUCCUCCACAACCACCAAUCGACCCCAACCAAGCCUCCGCCCUCAGAAUAACCGCCCACCUCCUCGCAAAAUCCAAAACCCGCCUCCUCCUCAGCACCCUCCCCCAAGAACUCUUCGACAAAAUCCACACUCUAGUCUUCUCGCCAUCCCCCUCCUCCAACAACAUAAUCCACGUCUUCCCCGCCCAUCUCCACAACCCCACGAAUCAAGACCACGGAAAAUGCGAACCUCGACUCCCUCUACAUCUCAUGCGGAUUUCCCGCGCUACUAGAAUGGAAUUCCGUGAGGAGUUUUUCUCAUCUACGAGGGAUUCUGUGAGAUGGAUUCGGUGUUAUGAGAUGUUUGAUCAACCGAGACGGUUGAAGGCUUUUCAUGAUGAUGAAGAUGGUGGAAGGGAUGAUUAUGAUUGGGUUGAUCGUCAGAGGGAUUUGAAGAGGAAGAUUCGCAAGGGGUUUCCUCUUGUGGAAUGCGUAUUCGAACUCGAGCCGAUUGAAGAACGUGCGGUGGAGAUUAAAGGUCCUGUUGUUGUGCGACAUGGGAUUUCACUACGAGCCGCUUGGGAGAUUGCGCGGGUGAAGGAGAAUGCCUGA